GAGCCAGCAAUAUGAGCGCUCGUACCGUUUCGUGAGCGAGACAGACGGAAUCCGUAAACGCGAGAAAAUAUCGCACUCGCAUAAGUACAUCGGCCAAGUGGCGACUCGCGGUGUAAUUAUAGGCGUACGAUCGUCGAGUGAGAGUGUUUUGUGCGGAAUACAAUCGACGUCGCCAAAGGUAUACACGUGGAUGAUUUUUGGUUAUUAGUUACAGUGGUUGUUUCUUCUCUCGGUGGAUUUGUGGUGUGCGUGUUUCGAAAGGAUAGGAAUUCCGCUUCUCUCGAUUCUCCUCGAGGAGUCGCUUCUUUUGGAGGAAGGGGCUAUUUGCUCUAGGCUAGGAUGUCACAUCACAGCGACGACAACAUGCUGAUAGCAACGUCGGACUCGUUUUGGGAACCGGGGAACUAUAAGCGGACGACAAAACGUAUUGAGGAUGGACACAAGUUGUGCGACAGUCUGAUUGCGUUGGUUCAAGAGCGGGCCGAGAUUGAGAAAAAUUACGCCAAAGCGCUCAAGAGCUGGUCCAAGAAUUGGAAUGACAAGAUUGAAAAGGGUCCCGAAUAUGGAACGACGGAAGCCGCGUGGAAAGGCGUUCUCGUCGAGUCGGACAGACUCUGCGAUCUGCAUUUACGGGUUAAAGACAACUUGUGCAACGACAUUGUACAGCAGGUGAAAACGUGGCAGAAAGACACUUAUCACAAGUCAAUGAUUACGCUGAGGGAACGAAAAGAGAUGGAAGACUCGUUUAAAAAGGCUCAAAAACCGUGGGCAAAGCUACUACAAAAAGUCGAAAAAGCCAAGGCCGAGUAUCACAACAGUUGUAAAACGGAAAGAACCGCGGCCAACAUGGAACGAAACGCUUCCGCAGAUAGUUCGCUCUCACCUGAUCAGAUUGCCCGAGGCUCGGAAAACAGAGCUCUGUUGGUUAAAAAAAUGCAAGAUCGUGUACAAAAAACAAAGGAGGAGGUACAGAAGUCGAAAGAAAAAUACGAGGCGUCUCUUCUUGAAAUAAAUCAGUACAAUCCUAAAUAUAUGGAAGACAUGACGCAAGUUUUUGAAAAAUGUCAAGAGAUGGAGGCCCAACGACUGCAGUUCUUCAAAGAUGUUCUUUUUGGAAUACACAAAUGCCUUAACAUAUCACAGGAUCCGGUGCUCCCUCAAAUAUACGAAGAAUUUUAUCACACAAUCAACAAUGCUGCGCACGAAAAAGACUUGAAAUGGUGGUCGAAUAAUCACGGGGUCAAUAUGGCAAUGAAUUGGCCGCAAUUUGAGGAUUAUACGGAGGAGUUCCGUGACAUCACCAAAGGGUCUAAAUCGAAGGAGGCAUUACCUGCUGGAUCCAUCACUCUCAUCAAUCAACGCCCUGUUGGUGAAGAUCUGCAUGAGUUCCCGCCUGUCAACCAUAAAGCCAGAGUAAAACCUGCCGGACGAGUUAUACCAACAGACGCACCGCUUCCAGAUACCAAAAUCGACACGAUCAACUCAUCGAGCAAACAAACCUCGGAAAAGAACAACCAUGAAACGAGCACAGUGAACAGGACUGCAACUAUCACAAAUGGAACCAGUGUAAAACAAGAAUCUAAUCCAUUCGAAGAGGAAGAAUGGGAUGAAGAUGGUGGUGAGCCUCUAGUCGACAAUGGGGAACCUGGUGUCCCUGUCAGAGCAUUAUACGAUUACGAAGGUGCCGAAGCGGACGAAUUGAGCUUCAAACAAGGUGACGUGUUUGAAAAACUGGAAGACGAGGACGAGCAGGGUUGGUGCAAGGGGAGGAAGGACGGUAGGGUGGGACUUUAUCCUGCCAACUACGUAGACCUUGUAUCUCAGUAAUAUAUGAGUUAAACACCAAAUCAAUUCGUUGAUAAAAUUUAAAGCCGUACCAACGGCCUAGAAUCGUUGCUGAUUAAUGCCGAAGUAAUUGGUAAUAUGUAUAGCAACAGAUGUGUAGGGGAGUAUUGGCAUUUUUUCAAUGCAUUUCCUGGUGUGAAUUGGGCGAGGAGCCGAGAGAAGGAGAACGUAUAAAGUACAUGGUGUUUUCAUUCACGGCUUUCGUGUAAAGUUGUCAAAUCCAUAUGUCUCUGAGAUGCCUCGAGGCCGAAAAGUUGUUUAUAUUUUAUAUGAAAGGAAACAAUAUACUUUGAUGAUUUUACAAGUUCGUUUUUAAUUUCUGAAUGCCGACGUGUGAGGGUUGGAUGUGCUGUAACUUGUAAAAUUGACAAUUUUUGAGAGAUCAAAAAAUCUUUCUCGUUUCGUCUUGAUAGGUAUUUUAUAUAUUUGCAGCUAGACUCGUCGAAGAAUGAAUCUUCUUUCUAAUUAUUUUUCUUUGUAUUUUAUUUUUUUUUCUCUUGCAACUAUUUCGAGGUAGUAGGGUAGUGAAAAAAUCCAUUACUAGAUGUGGAAAAAAUAUUGAGCGAUGAUACGUAUGCAAAUUCUAGGUUCUUGAAGAGAGUUUAAACAAUAAUUAAAUAAUUGAAUGUAUAGUCAUACCUUUCGUGACUUAUUAUUACCUAUUAUAAUUAUUAUUAUUAUUAUUAUUAUUAUUGUUUUAUUAAUUAAGGACGUUUUGGCAGAAGUAAUGAGAAUUAUAUUUAAUUUAUUGUUAUAUUAAAAAUCUAACGUUUAUCUAAAUGGUGUCAUUGUACAUAUAAUACUUGAAACAGAAAAAAUGCACGGCAGUGCAUAAGUUAUAAUGAUUUAUAACUAUUAUGUAUAACAGAAAUGUAUAAGUGAAGUGAAUUAAAUUACAGGAGAUAAUUUACGGAACACAAGGAAAACAAAAAUGAUCCCCAAUACAAGUAAACACGGAACGUAUCGCUCAUUUGGAUAAUUAAAAGUAUCAUAUUAUUCCGUUACGUUUGAGAUAUCGAAACAUAAUUUUCGUGUAAUAGUUAUAGUUUCUUUCUCUCCAACAUGGAAGUAGUAGAGGGAUGUUUAAGAUUUUCUGUCGUGUUCGUUGGCCAGUGUAUAUUUUUGCUGAUAGGAAUAAUCCCGUGUAAAAUGCAUACACAUCAUUCAUUUCGGCCAGAACUCGAUAUUCCACCUUUUACUGGUGCAUCUAUGUGUAUCUAUGUAAUUUUUUCAUAAUAUUCUCGUAAACUAUACGUGUUGUGCAAUUAUUAUCAUUUAAUCAAUCACGUUCAUGAAUUUAGUUUCCCGUCCAGGUACGUAAA